AUGGGCAUUUGCUCUUCCUCCCAUCUCAUGAGUAAAAAUGGAAGGUGCCUGAGUUGGCCUUCCACAGCCAAGAUUAUUCACUUGGAUGGGAGGCUACAGGAGUUCUUACACCCAAUCCAAGCAGGCCUGAUCCUCUCCCAGAACCCCAACUGCUUCCUCUGCAGCUCAGAAUCCAUGUUCAUCAACUCCCAUGCACCUCAGGUUCCUGACAAAGAAGAGCUGCAGUUAGGCCAAAUCUACUUCCUCAUGCCACUCUCCAAGUCACGUUCACCCCUUUCUCUCCAGGACUUAUGUAUACUAGCGGUCAAGGCCAGCGCUGCAAUUGCCCACCCCAACACCGCCCAUUUGGCAAUCAAAACUGGCCGUGCCGCCUUCCCUUCUGCAGCUCAGGGAUACUGCAACGUGCCAUCUGGGCUUGGCAUCAACUCCCACACCGGCGGAGACAGCGGCCGCGGGAUUGAGUUCUGA